GGAGGUGGGGAGCGGCGGCCGACGGCUUGGGGAGCCCGGGAAUUCCCUCCUCCUGAAGUAACGAGUCCCGGGCGGCUUCUCUCGCCUUCGCCGGUGCCGGGCGCCCCAGGCUUUGGAGGUGGAGGAGGGAGAGGCUCACGGCGGGCCUCGCCUCCGCCCGCCAGCCCCCCUGCCCCAGCCCCGGGAGCUGCGGUAGCAGCGCCUCAUGAGAGCGCGGCCGCUGGGCAGAUUUGAUAAUGGGCUGCAUUAAAAGUAAAGAAAACAAAAGUCCAGCCAUUAAGUACAGAACUGAAAACACUCCAGAGCCUGUCAGUACAAGUGCCAGCCAUUAUGGAGUGGAUCUCAGCCCAGGGGCGCCGGCGGCCGCCAAGGGAGCAUCAACGGAUUUCAGCAACCUUUCCAUAACACCGUUCGGAGGAUCCUCAGGGGUAACUCCUUUUGGAGGAGCUUCUUCCUCAUUCUCAGUGGUGCCAAGUUCAUAUCCUGCUGGUAUAACAGGUGGUGUUACUAUAUUUGUGGCCUUAUAUGAUUAUGAAGCUAGAACUACAGAAGACCUUUCAUUUAAGAAGGGUGAAAGAUUUCAAAUAAUUAACAAUACGGAAGGAGACUGGUGGGAAGCACGAUCCAUCGCUACAGGAAAGAAUGGCUAUAUCCCUAGCAAUUACGUAGCACCUGCGGAUUCCAUUCAGGCGGAAGAAUGGUAUUUUGGCAAAAUGGGGAGAAAAGAUGCUGAAAGAUUACUUCUGAAUCCUGGGAAUCAACGAGGUAUAUUUUUAGUAAGAGAAAGUGAAACUACUAAAGGUGCUUAUUCCCUCUCGAUUCGUGAUUGGGAUGAGGUGAGGGGUGAUAAUGUGAAACACUACAAAAUUAGGAAACUUGACAAUGGUGGAUAUUAUAUUACAACCAGAGCACAAUUUGAUACUCUUCAAAAACUGGUGAAACACUACACAGAACAUGCUGAUGGUUUAUGUCACAAGUUAACGACUGUGUGUCCGACUGUGAAACCACAGACUCAAGGCCUAGCAAAAGACGCCUGGGAAAUUCCUCGUGAGUCUCUGAGACUGGAAGUGAAGCUGGGGCAAGGCUGCUUCGGUGAAGUGUGGAUGGGAACAUGGAAUGGAACCACAAAGGUAGCAAUCAAAACACUCAAGCCAGGUACAAUGAUGCCAGAAGCUUUCCUGCAAGAAGCUCAGAUCAUGAAGAAAUUAAGACAUGAUAAACUUGUUCCACUGUAUGCUGUCGUUUCUGAAGAACCAAUUUACAUUGUCACUGAAUUUAUGUCAAAAGGGAGCUUAUUAGAUUUCCUUAAGGAAGGAGAUGGAAAGUAUCUGAAGCUUCCACAGCUGGUUGAUAUGGCUGCUCAGAUCGCUGGUGGUAUGGCAUAUAUUGAAAGAAUGAACUAUAUUCACCGAGAUCUUCGAGCUGCUAAUAUUCUUGUAGGAGAAAAUCUUGUGUGCAAAAUCGCAGAUUUUGGUUUAGCAAGAUUAAUUGAAGACAAUGAAUACACUGCAAGGCAGGGUGCAAAAUUUCCAAUCAAAUGGACAGCUCCUGAGGCAGCACUGUAUGGCCGAUUUACGAUAAAGUCAGAUGUGUGGUCAUUUGGAAUUCUGCAGACAGAAUUGGUCACGAAGGGCAGAGUGCCGUAUCCAGGUAUGGUGAACCGGGAAGUGCUGGAACAGGUGGAACGAGGAUACAGGAUGCCGUGCCCUCAGGGCUGUCCAGAAUCUCUCCAUGAAUUAAUGAAUCUGUGUUGGAAGAAGGACCCUGAUGAAAGACCAACAUUUGAGUAUAUUCAGUCCUUCCUGGAAGACUACUUCACUGCUACAGAGCCACAAUACCAGCCAGGAGAAAAUCUAUAAGUAUCCUGUUUUAUGUGCACAGACCUGCCAAAAUAUAAAGAACUUGCGUAGAGUUCCUCACUUACGUAUGUAAGGAAUCAAAAGAAGAAAAUCUUCACUCUGCAUGUUUUAUAUGGUAAACUGGAAUUCCAGAUAUGGUUGCACAAAACCACUUUUUUUCCCCAAGUGUUAAGUACCAAUGAUGCAUUUUCCAACUUAUUUCAGGGUCCAAAGAAAGUAGAGCUAAGAAUGUUGCUGUGAUAGUGAAGGUGACAGCGUGGUAGUGAAGUGCAUCAGUUUACUGUCUAUAGAUCAUUUCUAUUGUUUUAUUCCCCAAACUCAUAAUUGUUGAAAUUAUUUAUUGUUGUAAUCAAAAUUUGGGAAAGCAAGGUUAUAGGUUAAAAUUGAGGAAUCUGGUGGGACCAAAUGAUUCCAUUCCAUUCCACUUUUAAAAAAUAUCUUGAAUUUAAAGUUUCUAACUCAGUAUUCAGUAUGCAUCUGAACAUAUGCCUCGUUUUGCAUGGAAAUGGACCAGGAUUUUAGCAACAAAGAAAGAGCCUAAGCAAUAUCAAAAAUAAUUAAAUGCUAGACCACACAUGUGGGUUUUGGAAACAGGAUACACUGUAUUCAUACUCAUGUUCAUGGAACUGGAAAGUAGAUUAAAACAUCUUCCACUUCAAUCAGGUUCUAGAUAGUUCCAUUUAGAAUCAUGAAGGUAACCAGAAAGUAAGUUAAUUUUUUAAUUUAAAAUUUGCAUUGAAUUUUUUAAAUGACAGUAUGUAAUUGAAAUUGUACUGUCCAGUCCACAAAGAAAUCUUUUAAUUUUUAAAUAGCAUAAAAGACCUUCAUCAUUUAGUGGAAAAAAAAAUAGACUUGGUACUGCGAGCGUUAUUGCUGUAUGGUAAUGGGUGCCACAAAUAGGAAACGUUGCUAGAUCAGGGACUCGAAUGCACUUUCGCUUGUAUUGAAUAGAGACUAACAGAGAUGGAAAUGUAUUUAAAAAAAUAUGAGAAAAGAUAAUGUGAAAGUUUUACAGGUAGAGGAUGGAAUAUAAUGUUUAAUAUUCAUGUCAUGGAGUGACAAAAUGGCUUUGCUGGCACUCAAAGCUCCCCUCUAGGCUAUGUUCUCAGACUUGAAUUUAUGAAUAUAAAACUAACAUGUACACUAAAUGAGUUUAUAUCUUCAAAUAGUGAAGUCAGGACUUCACACUAACUCCCGGCACAAAGCUUUUAUCAUGUCAGAUGUUUUCAAAUCCUUGUUUGAAUGAGUCCGUAUUCACUUUCAAAUUUACUUAAAUUUUCCCUUGUAUAGUUAAUUUGAUGAGGAAAAUUUAUGCUGCAUAGUAACAACAGUAAAGGGGGAGACAGUUUUUGCCUAUUUGAAGUGCAGAGUGAAACAUACAAAGGCAGAUCUUUAUUCACUUAGAAAUUCCAAAGUACAAAUUGAGUAGCAGCAUUACUGCUUUAACUGUCUUAAAGAGGGAAAAAGAAACAUAACUGAAAUUAAAAUGGUAUUUAUGUUUUAAAAUACUCCAUUUGUCAUACUUUAGAUAAGGCAUUAUCAAUUUUCCAGAUUUUUAGGAUAUAGUUUUUAACUACUAUCACUUAAAUAAUUUCAUCAUUAAAUUUGCAAUUCUGUGCCAUGAUAUCUGUGUUCAAAUUCAGGCCAUUGUAAAACAUGACACAUGAACUCCAUGCAAGAUGGCCACAGUUGUGGUACUGAAAGUGAUGGCUCUUCUGUUUACGUUGCCUGUUUAGUACUGAGUUAGUAUUGAAUGCCUCUGCUGAGAGGCUCUUUGUAAGAACAUGGCGGUCAUAGUUCACCCUUAACAUCCACAGCCUGUGACUCGAGAUUUUUAAAGGGCUUUCUGUGACAUAUUGUAACUUUUCUAAGCAUUUUUAAAAGGGUAACAAAAUCAUGUUCAUAUACUAAUUCUGAUUAGAAAAAUAAGCCAGGAGAAGCUGAUGGUGUUCUUUAGAGCUGAACUGAAUGCAGCAUUGCUUGAGUAACAAAUGUAUGGUAAGAUAAAACACUAACAAUGUGUAUUCAGUUUAAAUUGUUAUGUAUUUUUAAAUUGCCAAGAAAAAUAAACAUUUUUGUACAUUUGAAGAUUUUUUUUCCCCAACAGCUUUUUGUCUUCAAUGUCUUAAUGUGGAACUUAAUUAACCCUUACCAAAAAAGCAAGUUGGCAAUACAGCCUUCUAGCACAAACACUUUUUUAAUGAAUAAUGGUAGCUUAAAACUUAAUAUUUUUAUAAAGUAUUGUAAUAUUGUUUUGUGGAUAAAAAAUAAAAAUUAUUGU